AUGGCCGAGUCGCCCCCGCGGGGUGCAGAGCGCGACCUUUUUCGGGACACGUGGGUGCGAUACCUGGGCUACGCCAAUGAGGUGGGGGAGGCCUUCCGCUCCAUGGUGCCAGCAGCCGUGGUGUGGCUGAGCUAUGGUGUGUCCAGCUCCUACGUGCUGGCUGAUGCCAUUGACAAGGGCAAGAAGGCAGGAGAGAUGCCAAGCCCUGAAGCCAGCCGCAGCACCAGGGUGACUGUAGCUGUGGUGGAUACCUUCGUGUGGCAGGCUCUGGCCUCUGUGGCCAUUCCAGGUUUCACUAUCAACCGCGUGUGUGCAGCCUCUCUCUACGUCCUUGGCACUGCCACCCGCUGGCCUCUGGCUGUCCGCAAGUGGACCACCACUGCUCUGGGACUGCUGGUCAUCCCCAUAAUCAUCCACCCCAUUGACAGGUCAGUGGACUUCCUCCUGGACUCCAGCCUGCGCAAGCUCUACCCCUCAGUGGAGAAGCCCAGCUCCUCCUGACCCCACCCUGGCACCUGGCUUGGGGGUUGGCUCACUCCCUGCUUUGUUCCAACCUCCACCUCCUGCCAGGGGAUUCGACGCUUGGCUCCCUGGGG